AUGCCUGAACCCGCCAAGUCAGCGCCCAAGAAGGGCUCGAAGAAAGCCGUGACUAAGACCGCCGGCAAGGGCGGCAAGAAGAAGAGAAAGACCAGGAAGGAGAGCUACGCUAUCUACGUGUACAAGGUGCUGAAGCAGGUGCACCCCGACACAGGCAUCUCUUCCAAGGCCAUGAGCAUCAUGAACUCGUUCGUGAACGACAUCUUCGAGCGCAUCGCCGGUGAGGCGUCCCGCCUGGCUCACUACAACAAGCGCUCGACCAUCACGUCGAGGGAGAUCCAGACCGCCGUGCGCCUCCUGCUGCCCGGUGAGCUGGCCAAGCACGCCGUGUCCGAGGGCACCAAGGCCGUCACCAAGUACACCAGCUCCAAGUAA